CUGCUAUAUUGAAAGUGGCUCCUUGGGGCACUUUCUUAGGUGUAUAAGAUGUCCGCGUGCUGCGUAUGACGAUGAAGGGAUCACAAUAUAAUCGUGAUAAAAUACUCCGAGAUUCACUGUCAGUUAGACCAGUGUAUCCUCGAAGGAACUCAACGCCAACCGUAUACGUCACAGUAUAUUCAUUCGUCUUUGAUUCAUCCUUGCUCGAAUAGCACACUCAAAACGCGCCCCUCAUGGCGAACUCAACGAGAUCUCGCUCUCGCUCUCGCUCUCGCCCAAGUCGCCCUUGUAGUCCACGGCUGCAUCGUCUGAUCUCGACCCAAUUCCCAGACGACCAUUCGGUCUAUCAUCAUGAAGUUGGAGAAGGCAUUGUUCUUGAUGAAGCCCGACAAUCCCUUCGCGGAGUUGAUUGCACGGGUAAGGCCUCAUCUGACUUAAGUAGUAGCUCCGAGGACACAGAUACGGAUAAAGACAGUUUAUCGCCUUCAAGACAGGAGUCUAAGUUUGAGGAGAUAGAGAGCAGCAUGCCUAAUGAGCGCGAUGUCGAGGCAACCUCUCCACCGCUAGAGAAGAAUGUAUCUUCACGAACCACGACGGAUCCAAACCUUGUUACUUGGGAUUCCCCAGAAGAUCCUGCAAAUCCCAAAAAUUGGUCUAUGAAACGAAAAUGGGCAGCCACCUUCAUCGUCUCUGCGUUCACACUGGUUUCACCAGUAUCGUCGUCCAUGAUUUCUCCAGCUUUGCCAGCAAUAAGCAGAGAUUUCCAUCUCACUCAAGAUGUCGAGGCUUCGAUGACCCUCUCCAUUUUCGUCCUAGCUUAUGCAAUUGGGCCGUUGUUCCUGGGGCCUCUGAGUGAAAUCUAUGGCCGUGUUAUCGUAGUCCAGUUGUCAAAUCUAUUCUAUAUGGCAUGGAAUCUAGGCUGCGGGUUUUCACAGAACGAAAGACAGUUGAUGGCGUUCCGCUUCAUGUCCGGUCUCGGUGGAAGUGCUUCGCUCGCUAUAGGUGGAGGGCUUCUCUCCGACACCUUUCAUGCGGAGCAAAGAGGUAAAGCUAUUUCCAUCUAUAGUAUGGCUCCUCUACUCGGCCCAGCCAUUGGGCCUAUUGCUGGGGGCUUCAUUGCGCAGAACACAACAUGGCGCUGGUGCUUCUGGUCGACUACCAUCUUCACAGCCAUUGUGCAAAUGUUUGGAUUCUUCUUCCUGCAGGAGACUUACGCACCCAAACUUCUUGCCCGGAAACGAGACAGACUCCGGAAUCAAACAGGAAACAUGCAGCUGCAUACAGAGUAUGACGCACCAGACAAGACCCUUUUCAACAUUCUCAAGGUGGCACUGCAACGGCCUUUCCGACUUCUUUUGACACAGCCCAUCGUCAUCGUCCUUUCUUGUUAUAUGGCUUACCUGUAUGGGUUGAUGUAUCUGAUGUUAUCCACCUUUCCAAGGCUUUGGUCAGUCCGCUAUGGACAGUCAACCGGGAUCGGAUCUCUUAACUUCAUUUCCAUGGGUGUUGGGUUUUUCGUCGGCACACAGGCAUGUGCACCAUUGAACGAUGCUAUAUAUCGUAAGAUGAAGAAGCGGAACAACGGUGUUGGAAAGCCAGAAUUCCGUGUUCCUAUGAUGAUUCCAGCCUCAUUCCUCGUACCCAUUGGGUUGUUCAUGUAUGGCUGGAGCGCACAAGCAAAGACUCACUGGAUAGUUCCCAACAUCGGGGCGGCCAUCUUCUGCGCCGGGGUCAUUGUGGGAUUUCAGUGCAUACAAACGUAUCUUGUUGAUUCAUACACACGUUAUGCGGCAUCUGCUAUCGCAGCAGCAACAUUUUUGAGGUCGUUAGCUGGGUUUGGUUUUCCUCUUUUUGCGCCUGCAAUGUAUGAUGCCUUGGAUUUCGGCUGGGGCAAUAGCUUGUUAGGAUUUGUUGCCAUUGCUCUUGGGGUUCCGGCACCCUUUAUGUUAUGGAAAUAUGGCGAAAAGCUACGGAAUAAGAGCAAGUUUGCUGCUGGAGGUUAA